AUGAAGCCACAUUUAAAAUUAUCCACCUCGCGCAAAUUGUUGCACAAAUUAUCUAUGAGGCAAAGGAAUAAGGUUAUGAGUGAAAUACGACGCAAUUUACAUUUACAAAAUUCUGCAAUAAAAAGUAAACGUAACGUUGAACAUGUAGAGUCCAAUGACAAUUCUGAAUUACAACAUCUUUCACCUUUGCCGGAAUGUAGUUCUUCAAAUUACUUUCCUUCCAUUAACGAAAAUAUUGCCAGUACAAGUCGUGGAGACAUAGAGGAUGAUAGAGCAUCAUGUUCUUCUUCCAUUUCUUCUAAUGUUUCUUAUGCAUUGUUUUCAUCUUUUAGUAGUUUGUCUGAACUAUCUUUUACUGAAAUUUUAGCUUCUUGUUUUGUUGAUUCUAAUACACUUACUCUUUUAACACAUAAUCAAGGAAAUAGUGUCUUAGCUAUUUUGAGAACACAUACCUGCUUUAUCAAUUUGCCCAAAGAUGUAAGAACUUUGCUAAAUACACCAAGGCAUCGUGUUGUUUUGUGCACUGUUGAGCCAGGGGAAUAUAUACAUUUUGAUUUGGAAAUUGCACUUGUUGAAAGCCUUUGUAACGCUCCAUUUGUAUCUCGUAUUGGAGAACUAGAACUCGAUUUUAAUACUGACGGAUGUACAUUAGAUAAAUCAGGUACAGUUCAAAUUUGGCCAAUUCAGUGUAGAAUAUCAAACUUACACAAUACAAAACCUAUAAUUGUCGGAAUAUAUAAAGGUGCGCAAAAGCCAUAUGAUGCUACUGCUUUAUUUGAAAAAUUCAUUGCUGAUGUAAAAACAAUUUUUUCUAAUGGAGGUAUCAAUUUUCGUGAUAACUUGUCGCCGAUGUCGGGUACCGUCACGUAUGGCGCGAUGGGCAGUGGGGUUUUAGUGGGUGCGAGUCCCACACUAUCCUCGGUCGCUUCCGCAUCGGCGGCCGGGGAUGUGCGUAGGCAUUUCCCCACUUAA